AUGUUUGCGGGCCGAGCGUCGGCGGGAGGACCGUCGGCGGGAGGAAAAGGAGGGAAGUUUUCGGUGGAGGAGUUAUACGGGUUCAACAAGAAGCCGAAGGUGAACAGAGGGAAUUCUGGGAAACUGGAGAAGAUUGACGGGAAGAAAGAAACGAAGGAGAAAGAAGAAUCUGCUCUCGCGUCUCAGAUACUGGAAGCCGCGAGGAGGCUGAUGGAGAGACGACGGCUGGAGAUUUACCUGAAGGAGUGUGACGUCACCAUGGAGCAGAACAACAUGCCAUACAGGAUGCAGGUGUCCAUAGCGUGUAAUGUAGGCGGGGGGGGCGGGUCCGGCGAUCACCCGCUGAAGGAGCGGCGGUUGGCGAUGAACAACAGCAGCGCCCCCGCCUGUCAGUCAAAGGUCAGGACGGAGCCGGUGAACAGGCUCACCCUGUUAGGCCACGCCCACAUGAAGGAGGCCCUCGGUCGUCAUAGCAACAUGAAGUACAGGAAUCUCGGUAAAUCUGGACUCAGAGUGUCCUGCUUAGGACUGGGGACAUGGGUGACAUUCGGCUCUCAGAUCUCUGACGAGAUGGCAGAGAGUGUGAUGACGCUGGCGUACGACAGCGGAGUGAACUUGUUCGACACAGCAGAGGUUUACGCCUCAGGGAGGGCGGAGACGACUCUGGGAAACAUCCUGAAGAAGAAAGGAUGGAGGAGGUCCAGUUACGUGGUGACCACGAAGAUCUACUGGGGAGGACAGGCAGAGACUGAACGAGGUUUGUCCCGGAAACACAUCAUCGAAG